AUGCAGCGUGACGUCAGACCGACCUCAUGCAGCGGGACGUCAGACCGACGUCAUGCAGCGGGACGUCAGUCUGACCUCAUGCAGCGUGACGUCAGACUGACCUCAUGCAGCGGGACGUCAGACCGACCUCAUGCAGCGGGACGUCAGAGUGACCUCAUGCAGCGUGACGUCAGACCGACCUCAUGCAGCGUGACGUCAGACCGACCUCAUGCAGCUGGACGUCAGACCGACGUCAUGCAGCGGGACGUCAGACUGACCUCAUGCAGCGUGACGUCAGACUGA